CGCUUAUACUUAGGCCCGGUUGCACCAACGUUAUUUCGGCCUUAAGUGAGACUUAAAAUUUUAAGUUUGUUGCACCAAAGUGUAAGCGACACUUAAUAUGGCUUAACUUACACUUAUUUUAAGCGAUGGUUUCAGUACCGCUUAAGAGAUUUUAAGGAACAUAAAUCGCAUUUUAUUGGUCGGAUUGGUCCUGUGUCACUAUCGCGUAUUUUACGUGGUCUACAAUAGUACGUGAAGUAAGCCGGGAGUAGGGUUCGCGCAUUAAUUAUUGAAGUAGAAAAAAUGGAUUUAGAUUUUGAUGUAUUGGAAGAUGAUGAAUUAGACGCAUUCGAUUUAAUUGUUUAUGGAAUACCACGAAAUGUUCGUGUACGUGCUAAUUAUUUUGAAAAAUAUGACGAAUUAAAUUUUUUCAGAAGGUUUCGGUUAGAGAAACAGUCUGUUAUAAAUAUAUUAGAACAAAUUGAAGAUCAUAUAAAGUAUAUACACAUAACAGGUAAAUGUUAUACUCUUAUUAUUUUACAGUCUGUUAACAACAAUAUAAAUAAUUUGGUUACACCAAUGCAACAGUUGCUUAUUACUUUACGUUUCUACGCAACUAAUGGAUUUUUUAUCACAAUGGGUGACUAUGGUGGAAUGGACAAAUCUACAGUUUCAAGAAUAGUUGUUAGAGUAUCUGAAGCUAUAGCUUCCUUGGCACAUAUUUACAUAAAAUUACCACAAACACAAGAAGAUAUUUUACAAGCUCAAAGAGAUUUUUUUAAAAUUGCUGCAUUUCCUAAAGUAAUUGGUGCCAUUGAUUGCACACAUGUAAGAAUACAAUCUCCAGGUAUGUUUAGAGAAAUAAUUGACAUUGUAGCUCGAUGGCCAGGCUCAGUUCAUGACUCAACAAUAUUUCAGAACAGUAAUUUAAGAAUGUUAUUUGAAACAAAUCAUUUUCACAACUGUUUAUUAUUAGGCGAUAGCGCCUAUCCUGCAAAACCUUAUUUAUUUACGCCAUUAUUAAAUCCUGAAGGCCGUGCUCAACAAUUGUAUAACGAAUCACAUAUUCGAACACGAACCAUAGUCGAACACACAUUCGGUAUCUGGAAACGUAGAUUUCCAAUAUUAGCAUUUGGAAGUCGCUUAAAAAUCAGCACAGUAAUGACAAUAAUAAUAGCGAGUGCUGUGUUACAUAAUAUAGCACGACGUCGAGGGGAAGAUAUUCCUCCACCUGUUGAUGAUGAAAACCUGCAUAUUUUGGAAAAUAUCGCAAAUAAUAAUGCAAAUCCUCAUUUUCAAAAUGAAGCAG